CAGGAGUUGCAGGCACACACAGCGCACGAGUGCCCGAGUCCUGAGCAGGACACGGGAGGGGAGGCGGGCGCGGGGUGCCGGGAGAGGGGGUGACAAGGUGGAGGGCAGAGCCGCCCGCAGCGGGACGGGGAGUAGCUGGGCGAGCCGCGCCAGGGGCAGGUGCCAGCGCAGAGUGGGCGGGGGGCGCGGGCGCGGGCGCGGGGCCAGGCGGGGAGGCCGCGGCACCUCUGCCUCCCGGAGCCGGCGCGCACAGCCGCUCGCCCCGCAGCCCGGAGCAGCCGGGGCCGAAGGAGCCGCGGGAGCCGCCGCCCAGCGCCCGCAUCCUCCGGACAGACGCCCCCCGCCGCCCCCGGGGCCGAGCGCCCCUCGCCCCGCCGCUUCUCCGCCGCGGGGCCCUCACCUGGCCCGGGAGCAGGGGGGAGACGGUGCCCGCCCAGGGGGCGCGGGGGACGCCGCCCCCCACCCCGGCCUGCACCCCGCGCGGAGCAGGACGCCCGCCAACUGCGCCAGCGCUCCGUCCCCAAGUCCCAGGGCGACAGCCCUCCUCUGCUGGAAGCACUCGGACCCCGGCGACCCCGGCCCGAGGCGCCCUCGCCCCCGGGGCCCCCGCCACGCCCGCCACCCCCCCCGGCGGGGCCAUGCCCGGGCGGCGCCGGGACCGUGUGCGGAGCCUGCUGCUGCUGGGCGCGCUGCUCUCCGCCGACCUCUACUUCCACCUCUGGCCGCAGGUGCGGCGCCGCCUGAGCCCCCCCGAGCGCCUGCGGGGCUGCCCCUGCGCCGGCCGCGCCUCCUCCCCGGCCCCCGACUCCGCCGCAGCCUCCUCGGACCCGCGCGCCGCGGCGCACAACUUGUCCCGGGCCGGGGUCGGGGCCGGGGUCGGGGUCGGGGUCGGGGCCGGGGCGGGCGCGGCGCGGGGAGGGGGCGGCCCAGGCUCCAGGCUGCGGGCGCUCUUCGCCCACCCGCUGUACCGCGCCCCGGACGAGCCGCCGGCCCUCGGGCCCGAACACUUGCUCCUCGACAGCCAGGAGGCGCUGCGCUACUACCGGAGGAAAGUGGCCCGCUGGAACAGACGACACAAGAUAUACCGAGAACAGCUGAACCUCACUUCCCUGGACCCUCCACUGCAGCUCCAGCUCGGGGCCAGCUGGUUCCAGUUCCACCUGGGGAUCAACCGUCAUGGGCUUUACCCCCGGUCUAGCCCCAUCGUCAGCAGACUUCUCCGUGACAUGAGGCACUUUGCCACCAUCAGUGCUGAUUACAGUCAGGACGAGAAAGCCUUGCUUGGGGCAUGUGACUGCUCCCAGAUUGUGAAGCCCAGUGGGGUGCACCUCAAGUUGGUUCUGAGAUUCUCCGAUUUUGGGAAGGCCAUGUUCAAACCCAUGAGACAGCCGCGAGAUGAGGAGACGCCUGAAGACUUCUUCUAUUUCAUUGACUUCCAGAGACACAACGCGGAGAUUGCAGCCUUCCACCUGGACAGGAUUCUAGACUUCCGACGGGUGCCACCCACCGCCGGGAGGCUCGUGAAUGUCACCAAGGAAAUCCUAGAGGUCACCAAGAAUGAAAUCCUGCAGAGUGUGUUCUUUGUCUCUCCAGCCAGCAACGUGUGUUUCUUUGCCAAGUGCCCGUACAUGUGCAAGACUGAAUACGCGGUCUGCGGCGACCCACACAUGCUAGAGGGCUCUCUCUCUGCCUUCCUGCCGUCCCUCAACCUGGCCCCCAGGCUGUCUGUGCCCAACCCCUGGAUCCGGUCCUACACACUGGCAGGAAAAGAAGAGUGGGAGGUCAAUCCGCUUUACUGUGACACCGUGAGGCAGGUCUACCCCUACAACAGCAGCAACCGGCUCCUCAACAUCAUCGACAUGGCCAUCUUCGACUUCUUGAUAGGAAAUAUGGACCGUCACCAUUAUGAGAUGUUCACCAAGUUUGGGGACGAUGGCUUCCUCAUCCAUCUUGACAAUGCCAGAGGGUUUGGAAGACAUUCCCAAGACGAACUGUCCAUCCUCUCGCCCCUCUCCCAGUGCUGCAGGAUCAAGAAGAAAACGCUUCUGCACCUGCAGCUGCUGGCCCUAAGUGACUACAGGCUGAGUGACGUGAUGCGGGAGUCCCUGCUGGAGGACCAGCUGGCCCCCGUCCUCACAGAGCCCCACCUCCUGGCCCUGGACCGGAGACUCCAGAUCAUCCUCAACACAGUGGAGGGAUGCGUGGCGGCCCACGGAGAGCGCAGCGUCAUAGACAGCGGGCCAGCACAACAGUCGCUCCCAGACUCUGGUCAGGCUGGCCCGACGAGAUAGCAGCCGGCCGGACAUGGCAAGUUUCAGAAAUGACGGCGGGAGCCCACGGGGGACCUGAGGAGUUGGCGUCUACUGCUUCCCCUAUCGCUGCUGGAGGUGACGAGAGUCAUGAGCCCGGGAGGCAGGGAGGGCAGUGGGGGAUUCCGAAAGCAGGAGUGGGAUCCACUGGACUUCCUUCUGUGGAGCUCUGCUUCCCUUUCCCACAAAGCACUGGGUCAGCCAUCAAGCUCACAGAUCAUCUCCUGCCUGCGUCUACUGGAAACUGGAUACGGGUCAGGUUUGUGCGGUUUGGAAACCUUGUUCCCAAGAGAGCACUGUCAUCAAAUAAAGACAAGAGCUGAAACCUACCCGACCUUCAAAACUGUUAUUAUUGUACCUACAAGCAUGAUUUUGGACCCAGAUGCGACAUCUGGCAUCACACACACACACACACACACAAAUCUAAGAAUGGCAACUUCUUUCCAACUGUUCUAAGCAGACUUCACACUUCCUACUAAGAUUCUAGUUUGUGGCCCAAUCUGAAUUCAGUUAUCCCUAAAAUAAUGCCUUAGGAGCAUUAUGACGAGAGAGACAAAUAGCAAAGGUAUUCUCAAAACAGCAGGAAAGGG